AUGCAAAUAGAUGAAGAGUUAUCUAAGCAACUAAAGGCUAAGGAAUUAAAGUCUAAACAAGAGGUGCUUCGCAAAAGGAAAUCUUCAGAGAUCUCGACUAAAGAAAGGAGUGCAUGGCAAUUUAGAGUGUCUUCACCUAAAAGAACUAUCUUCUUUAACCCUGAUAGAGAUUCCUAUCAAAAGUUUAACUUAUGGCUAAGUGCAAUUUAUCCAGCUGAGGUUGAUUUAGACAUUGAAGAGCUAAAUAAAAGAUUCUUUCUAAAGAAAUCAAUUCAAGUUGUCCCAGUAUGGCCAAAUUUCAAGAUUGCUUCAAUCAGCAAGAUUGACAUACAAAAAUUCAGAAAAAUGCCAUAUGCAUUCUUUCAAGGAAGAAGGACAAAAAACUCUGAGUUCAUGUUUUCUGAAGUUGAUUUCCCUAGAAUAAACCAAGCUGAUAUCAUAUCACUGAUCAUUUGGUUGAAACAGAGGGUGAGUACAGAUAAAGCUUAUGCAGAUGUUCUACAACGCCUAAGGCAAUAUGUGCUCGGCAUGGUUAUUGAUUUCAGUGUUGACUGA